AUGGCGGCCAGUCAUGGCGCGCUGCAGCAGUCAGUUACGCUACUUGCCGGGAUAUUUGUCACGCUCGUAACAUGCUUCUUGGAAUCGUGCCGGGCCGCGGCACUCCUGCUGUGCGGGGAUAUCUUGGCAAGUUCUCACACCGGGGUUCUGUCCCAUCUUAGUGGAUCAAGCGAAAACUCCAAGAAACAGAUAGUGGAUAUUUUGGAAAAAGUUUCCAUUUUGCGGCCCCCUGAACGUUUACUUUUGUACCUGCGUAUGCCCGGUGGUUAUCCAGAGACAGAUCCCCUGCGGCAGUCUCAAAACCCACUGGGAACACGUUCCGAGAUUAACCACACCAUCAAUUGGGUUCGGUCCCAUCUAGAACACGACCCUAACGUGUCCAUCCCAAAACAGGAAGUGUACGAUGACUAUACUUCCUACUGCGAGAGAAUCGACAUCAAACCGCUGUCUACGGCCGACUUCGGUAAGGUUAUGAAGCAAGUAUUUCCCGGUAUAAGGCCGCGGCGUCUCGGUACCCGGGGCCAUUCCCGCUAUUGCUAUGCCGCCAUGCGUAAAGCCACCAAACUGGCAGCCCCGAAGCUGCCUGAUCUCAGCACCGGCGAUAGUGGAGAUAAACCGGAACAGGAAGAGCAGAUGCCCACGGAUGAGGAAGCCUGGAAGGUGAUCAAGUUUUGGGCCGAAGCUAUGCUGCCGAGUGCUUUCGGGAGCAUCAAUGAGCUGGCCGGCUUCAUCACCCGAAACAAUCUUAACUCCCCGGCCAGUAUCGCUAGCCGGCAGUUGUUGCAGAAAAAGUUGCUGCAGCGAGAAAACAAGGAGCGCAAGAAGUUGACGGCCGCAGCAAUGAAAAAGCGUCGACGGAAACGUCGCAAGACUACUUCCGCCAGCAUCGACUCGGAGGUUGCCCCAUCAGAAGCUGAUGGUCCUGCUACACCGAUGCCACCCAGAGCAUCUCCGUUGAAAGGACAGCACCCUCCGAAUCUGCCGUCCGUCGGUGAUAUUCUACAGCAAACGAUCAAAAACGAACAACCGGAGUUCACAGACGAGGACAAUAAUAACAAUCCUUCGGUGGCCCUGUCCAAACAGCAGCAGCAGCAACAGCAUCUGCAAGUACAAAGUACAAAUUUUAACUGUGAUACCAACAACGGAUCCCUGGCAGCUGUAGCAGCUGCAGUGGCGAUCCGGGAGAUGCGGAGCCCUGCUGAGUACAAUAUUUUCUGCAAGAAAGUAAGACAAGCACAGCAACUGAAGGCCCAACAAAUGAGCCAGCUGCAGGCACCAAGCCAAACUUCUCAAACGAUCCCGGGUCCGAUAAGGCCUACAAGUGCAGCGGCAAAGCGGGCAGCUACCAUAGCGCAGUUAAAUCGCCAAAAAAGACUCCGACUGCUGCAACAGCAUCAGCAGCAAUCGAUCGAAGCACAAAACAAUACUGCUCCCGCGUACGAUGAAAUGGGUAAUUUGAUACUCAUCGAUUCGAAUGAACUAGUUACCAGCAGUAGAGACGACUUCAUCAUUCCUCGCGAACGAGUCAUCAGCAUUUGUAACAUGGACAAAAAUGCAUUGGACGGUUACCUGAACUGUGACGAGGAAAAUUCGCAAGACCAGGAUCAGGAGCUGCUGCAGUACUUCCCAGACGAAAAUCAGGCUGAUGGCUCCAAUAACGCAUUAAGCAUGAACAGUUCAGGUAUUGAGUCGAGUAGCGGAAUCGGAAACUCCUUGGAACACAAUGAAAACUCGUUGAAGCUAUCCCAGUUGAGAAGUAUGCUGGAGCAGAACAUGAACGCAGGCGGAACGGAUAAGGUAGGUGGACAACUUGAUAGUUUCGAUGGGGCCAGCAUAGGGCAGCAAAUGAAUCUUCAGCCUGGAUCAGCUGCUGCUUCAUUAGCCAUGCUAUCACAACGUCAUCAGGGGAGUUCUGUAGGUACCUCAGGUGAAGGAGCAGCCUCCAACAAUUCAGGUGUUAGAAAUAGCUCGGUAAAAGUAGAGAGUAGCUUUAACAGUGUAGGUAAGAACGCAGUAGGAUCGUCGGGUCAAAGUUCUGCGCCAUUACAGAGCCCCAAUGGGCGAAGGAAAAAUUAUAAUUUCGUUCCAAUAUCAGCGGGUCCGCAAAGUCCUAGAGGCAUAUCGCACAAAACUACUCAGCAGAACAGCACCCCGAAUGCUAGUCCUUUUGUAAGCCCUAGAAAUACUCCCAUUCAUCGAAAAAAUAAACCCCCGAGCAACGGGUUAACUGUUAACAUUUCUCAUCAGGGUCAACUUCCUGGCUACCAACAGCGACCUUCGUUCGUCAAGAACGAAUUUCCUUCCUCCGCACCACCAUCUCCUUCACUGAUGCCAAAUUAUAGAUUCGGUAUGAAUCCCAACAAUUUGCAUUGCUCGAACAACAUGAUUCCUUCCUUUCAACCAAUUUGUGGACCUUCCUCCCAGAUGCAACCCCAUCCAAACUUACCCGGGUCUCUUGAAUCCCGAUCGAGCAGCGUACCUCUAAUACCCAACUACGAGGCGUUCAACCAUUCAAACUUCACUUCUGUCUCUCAAACCCCUGUACCUUCGGAAUGUGAAGAUUUCAACGAUCCCAAUAAUAUCCUGGACAUGUUGACGGAACCUUCCUCUUCUGACAACAUUCAACAAUCGAUCAAAUUGGAAGAAACCGAGCCAAACAUUGCAGACAUUCUGGACCAGGAUGACAUGUUCCAAAAAACCGCUAUCUCCUCUUUCAACAAUCUAUCACGAUCGGUACCUUCAACACCUCUCCCACACCAAAUAUCCUUCAAUCCUUUGAACGCUCAAGGAUUCGCCACCCUUAACGCUUCCAAUUCAAAAUCACUCUUCGAGCUACCGAAGUCGGUUCCUUCCACUCCCUCGAUUUCCCUCAAUAACGGAAACAGAGAACAACUGUUCCUAUACAGCCCGGAAACUUCCCGUGACUUUCUCAUCAACGGCAACUCGGUCGAACGUAGUAGCAAUGGGAAGUUGAACUCUUUCUACCAAACGCAAGCGGCGACCGGAAACAACCCUAAUUCCUCAUCAGCAUCUAACAACAAUAACAACGGUAGCGUCCCAACAAACAGUGUAACUCAUUCAGGCAACGCCUCCGCCAACAACGGUGCCACGGCACCAGAAAUGUCCAUCCUCUCGGACGGCAUCGAAAGCUUCACGGAAGCCCUAAUGGAAUCCGACACUCUGCGCUAUCUGUAGAAUCACACAGAAGGCAUCACUUCUUCUUCGAGAGGACUUGUCUAAAAUCAUUCCAAAACCUCACACAUAACUAACUAUAUACUGAUUCAUCAUUCGCCGUCGUCGUCGCCGUCGUCUUGUAGCGUCUUACUACAUUGUAGUUAUAAUGUAAGUACACUUGUUGCUUUUAUUAGUAAUUUAUUCUCCACGUGCCGCGGUCUGUUUUGCCGGGGCUUGCCGGCAGCCUUCUCAUCACACCUCAUUCCGUCAAUGGCUCUUUGCCCCCCGAUUGGAAUCAACCAGGCUAGAGCAUCUGCUGGUGUUGUGGGUUGGGUGCUGCUGCAUGAGCUGAGCAAUGACCGCUAGAUUUUUCGACGCCACUAGCCAGGCUGCUGGCCUAUGGUAAAGGAGGGAGGGGAGGUCUACGUAUGUACGUACGUUUGACGAUUUGAUUUGUGCAGUUUUUGAUGCGCUUUCCUCAUGGCACAUUAAGCGCAAAGUAUUUUGGGAAAGUGUUUCAUGUUUUAGGGUUUAUUUUUAAUUCCGCCCUUAAAAUGUCGCAAUCAAAUGACGAUUGAUGGGUUGUGGAAUUUUUUUUUUAAUAAGAAAAAGAUAUUCUUGAUAGUUUUUGUAAAUUUUUUGGACGACUAACUAACCCAAGAUUUUACUUCCAAAACUAAACAACGAUUCAAAAAUCCGAAA